GAGAGAGAGAGAGAGAGAGACAGAUAUUAAUACAGCCAAAAAGCAACAGCCGCUUCUUUACAGUAACCCCCUUUUCCCAAACAUUUUUAUCCCACCCAAGGAUCUACCCUUCCAAUAUCUGAUCUGACCUGAUCGUCUUCUCCAAAACCCCUACUAUCUCCCUCUAAACAUCUCUCUCCUUGCUUUUCCUUCUCUUUCACUACUUUUUUUUCAUCUUUCCAUGGCUUUGAUGCUUGAUAAUUGUGAAGGGAUAUUACUAUCCCUCGACUCUCAUAAAUCAGUGCCGGCACCCUUCCUCACCAAAACCUACCAACUAGUCGAUGAUCCCACCACCGACCACAUAGUUUCAUGGGGUGAAGAUGAUACCACUUUUGUUGUUUGGAGACCUCCUGAGUUUGCUCGUGAUCUCCUUCCCAAUUACUUCAAGCACAACAAUUUCUCUAGCUUUGUCAGACAGCUCAAUACUUAUGGUUUUAGGAAGAUUGUACCGGACAGAUGGGAGUUUGCCAACGAGUUCUUUAAGAAAGGUGAAAAACACUUGCUCUGUGAGAUCCAUAGAAGAAAGACUGCGCAACCGCAAGUGGGGAUAAACCAUCAUCACCACCACCCGCCACAUUCUCAAUUGCUUAAUGCCCCGAGUUUCUUUCCAUUUCCUACCCGAGUCAGCAUUUCUCCACCAGACUCAGAUGAACAAGCCAACUGGUGUGACUCGCCACCUGUUUCUUCACCAGGAGGGGACAUUGUAAUCUCAGUUGUUGGUGUCGGUGGGGUUGGAGGCUAUAACAGCUGCUCGGUCACAGCUUUAUCAGAGGACAAUGAGAAGCUGAGAAAAAGAAACAGUGUGCUAGUGUCUGAACUUGCCCAUAUGAAAAAGCUCUAUAGUGAUAUUAUCUAUUUUGUUCAAAACCAUGUUAAGCCCGUCACUCCUAGCAAUUCAUACUCCCCUUCCAUGCUUCUUUAUGGCCCUCCUUCAUCCUUUCCUCCUCCGGUCAUUAAUACCACCAAUAAUAGUUCAUUAUUGCAAAAGCCUUCGAAUCAUCAUCUUGGCCAUUAUUAUCCAAAUAGUACCUUGUCCCGAAUGCAGGUUUUGAACUCUACAACUGCUACCUCACAAAGUUCCUUGACGAUUCUUGAAGAAGCAUGUAGCAACAGUUGCAAAACCAAGCUCUUUGGUGUACCCUUACAGUCCAAGAAGAGGGUGCACCCGGAGUAUGGUGCAACUAACACGGAGACUACCAAAGCACGUCUGGUGUUGGAAAAAGAUGAUUUACGGCUGAACCUUAUGCCUCCUGCAUGUUAGUUUCAUAUAACCAUUCAAGAAUAUUCUAGCUUCCAUUUUUCAACUUUUUUUUUAGUUUUUUUCUAUAUUAAUUGUCUUUGUUUAUCUCUUAGAGUCUGAUGAUAUUGUUGAAGGAUAUUUUGCGUGUGUAGGGGUGCUUGUGACGGUGUAUAUAAAUUUAAUGUGGGUAAUAUGUUGUUCCCCACUACCUAGCCACAUAAAUGCAGGAGGGUUUUGGUUAGAGUGAAGUUGAAAGUUCAAAACCUCAAC